CUGCCUACCUGUGAUCUCUGUCAAAUAAAUAAAUUAGUUAAUUAAAUAAAAUUACACCUUAGAUAAUAUCACUGUCCUGUUCAUUUAGGCCUUUAAUAACCCUCUGAGUUAGGUAGUAGUAGUAUCUCCAUUUGCAGAUAAAGCAGCUGAACAGAAAACCCAACAGAAAGGUUGAGUAACUUGUCUAAGGCCACACGGGUGGUAUGUGGCAGACUCAGGAUUUCAACUCUAGAGUCCACUCUCAACCACUAUACACUGUGCCUUCUCCCAAUAGCCUCCCAGUGCAUUAAAAUUGAAAUCUGGAUUCUUUCCUGUUGGGCCUUGCUUGACUGGUCUCCACUUACAGCCUCCUGUCUUAUUAUUCUCUUUAUUCCCAACUUUAGCCACACUGGCCUUCUUUUCUUCUUGGAACACACGUCACUGUUGUUCCUGCGCAUGCUGUUCCCUCACUUGGAAGGCUGUUACCGGACUACAUUCAGGCCUUUGCUUAGGGUCCCAGAGAGUCGGUCCUUGACCAGCCUCAGUGGCUCGCCCCCAUUUGUUCCCUAACACCUAGUUCACCGAUCACUCCUUUCACUGUCUGCAUCGCUCUUGUGUGUAUAUUUGACAUUUGUAUCCCUGCACUGGAACACAUGCUAUUUCCUGGGGCACAGAUGUUGCAUGACUUGUUCCCCGCACACUUCUACUGGCUGGAACGCGGCCCGUGAUGGGUGCUUGGUGUCUGCUUGUUAAAGGAGGUGAGCAAACAAAAUUUCUCAUACUGUGCACCCUACUGGGCUCUGGGAGCCUCCAUGGGAGCUGAACCGCACUUUCUGUGGGGCAGGGGGACCGAGCAUCAGCUUUGGGGUUGGACAGGCUGCCUUCUGUACUUUGGGACCUCAAGCCAGUUGGGUCACCCUCUAGCCUCGUUUCCUCACCUGCCAGAUGAGGGCAGUAUCCUCGUCCUGAUGUGUGUAAGAUGGAGCACAGCUCUUGGCAUCCCCUGGAGGCUCAGAGCACUGGAGUUCCCCCAUCACCCUCCCUGUACCCCCUUUGCGGCCAUGGACAUCCAGAGGCAUCUCUAGGUGGACCCAGAGCUCACAACGCCCCGCUGGCUGCCUGGGGGCACAGAGUAACAUUUUGUGCGAAGUGAGGGCCAGUUUGGUAACUUGGAGGGUUUUCUUCUCACAGAAUCCCCCUGUACUUGCAGGGGUGGGGCUGCGAGUCUCCCCAGUUCUGCCCCUCCCCCGACAGUGUCCCUGCCGCCUUGCCUGUACCCUGGGGGUUGUUAUUCCCGUCUCUGCCUGGUGGUUAAUCCAGGCAUAGCUUGGCUUUUCCCACAGCCUGGGAGGCCCCCCUGGGGACAAGGACCAGUGCGUUCCCUGACCCUGGUCUCUUUCACACCCAGCCCAGCACACAUUUGGUGAGAGAAUACGGAGGAGGGAACCCAGAGAUGAAGGGAACAACAGUAGUCCGUGUAGCCUUUGGUUCACAGAGGGCCAUCUCAACAGCGUGAAUCUGCAGAUUUAACCUUUGUCUUCUUGACUGCGCACGGCUCCCCUGGGCCUUAUGCCGGAGCAACAAACACAUUUGCCAAGAUCAGAGAGAGAUGAGGUGUCCAGAGCGUGGAAGUGCAGUUGGAGAACCAGAUGGUCCUGGUGCAGACCACGCUGCCCAGCCAAGAGGUGCAGGCCCUUCUGGAAGGCACAGGGCGGCAGGCAGUGCUCAAGGGCAUGGGGAGUGGCCUGUUGCAGAAUCUGGGGGCAGCAGUUGCCAUUCUGGAGGGCCCUGGUCCUGUGCAAGGGGUGGUGCGCUUCCUGCAGCUGACCCCUGAACGCUGCCUCAUCGAGGGGACCAUUGAUGGCCUGGAGCCUGGGCUGCAUGGACUCCACGUCCAUCAGUUUGGGGACCUCACGGGGAGCUGCGCCAGCUGUGGGGACCACUUUAACCCUGAUGGAACAUCUCACGGGGGCCCUCAGGACUCUGACCGGCACCGUGGAGACCUGGGGAACGUGCACGCUGAUGCGGACGGCCGAGCCAGCUUCAGGAUAGAGGACGAGCAGCUGAAGGUAUGGGAUGUGAUCGGCCGAAGCCUGGUCAUCGACGAGGGAGAAGAUGACCUGGGCCGGGGUGGCCAUCCCUUAUCCAAGGUCACGGGGAACUCAGGAGAGAGGUUGGCCUGUGGCAUCAUCGCACGCUCUGCUGGCCUCUUCCAGAACCCCAAGCAGAUCUGCUCCUGUGAUGGCCUCACCAUCUGGGAGGAGCGAGGCCGGCCUAUUGCUGGUGAGGGACGGAAGGAGCCCGCCAAGCCGCCUGCCCACCUCUGAGCACAGCCUCAGCCCUGGGCUUGGGGCUGUUCUCCCCACUGAGCACUGUCCGCUUCCAGAGAGAGGGGAGGGAGCCCUGCUUGCCUGGUCCCAGCAAACUCGGGUACGGGGUGUGAAGGGUCACUUUGAUGUUCCCUUGGCAAAUUAAAGUUUUAUUUUCAUAUGGAA